AUGUUCUUCAUCGGCUAUGGCUGCUCCUUUAUUCCUGGUGCAACAUCCUUCCGUCUGGCAUGGGGUCUACAAUUCGUCCCGUCUGUUCUGCUGAUGGUUGGCUUGCCGUUCCUGCCUGAAUCGCCGCGUUGGUUGGCCAAGGUCGACCGCACCGAGGAGGCGAUUACCACUCUGGCUCGAAUCCAGACUGGCGGCAAUGUUGACGACCCGCUUGUGGUUGCCGAGUGGGAGGAAAUUACGACGGUGCUCGCUGCCGAGCGACAAGCAGCCCCGGGCUGGCGCAAGUUCUUUGUGAACGCUUGUCUGGAAACAUUCCUACUAGUUUCCUCCGGUAUCCAAUACGCACUAUUCAUCAUCUUCACCUCGGUCAUCUUCUUCUACACCGACAAGACGGGCCGACGUAGCCUGCUCAUCUGGGGAGCACUGGGAAUGGCUGCCUGCCACUUCGUCGUCGGCGGAGUCUUGUUUCGGGAACAUACGUCCCAGAAGGUCAUCCAGGGCCCACAGCGCGUGAUUGCAUUCUCCUACCUCCUGAUCAUCAUCUACGCCCUGACCCUGGCGCCCGUUGCCUGGGUCUACGCAGCGGAAGUCCGGUCCAUGGAGACUCGUGCAUCAGGAAUGUCUAUCGCCGCCUUCGGCAACUGGCUGUUCAACUUCGCCCUCAGCCUCUUCGUGCCCCUUGGCUUCGCCAAUAUCACUUGGAAACUGUUCAUCGUAUUCGGCGUCCUCUGCGUCGGAGCCGCGAUCCAGGUGUUCUUCACCUACCUGGAGACCUGCGGCAAGACCCUCGAAGAAGUGGAGGAGAUGUUAGCAUACCAAGCCGCAGAGCUGCGCCAAUCUGUGACCCCGUGUAAUUCGAGUAUAUAAU